AUGAGAUCUGACCUGGGCCCAGUGUGGUGGCUGGUAGCCUUAUCCUUGAUUGUGUGGAGUGGUGCAUCUGCUCAAGACUGUUCUGUCCAGGAGUUCACCUGUGCCACUGGAACUUGUGUACUUAGGAACUCUGUGUGCGACUUUACUGAUGACUGUGGAGAUGGCAGUGAUGAGACAGACUGUUCCAAAUUCACACGUUGUGACUUUGAAAAGGACUUUUGUGACUUCAUCCCAUCAUCAGGAGCAGGUUGGAGCAGAGCAACAGAUUUUCCGGAGCUUAAAAAUGGCCAUACAAAAAGAUCAACACACUUCCUGACUGUGAGAGGAAAAAGACAUACAGCUGAUUUACAGAGUCCAGUCUUUCAGCCCAACCAGACAUGCCAGAUGAGAUUCUAUUAUUAUGUGGAGGCAGAGCUUGGAAAUCUCCAGGUCCUGCUCCAGACUCUACCUCUGGGUGAAAUUACACUGGUGUGGGCAGACAACACACAGCAGUCCCAGACAGGAAUCUGGCUAAGGACUGAGCUGCAGUUUGUCACUAACCACAGUUUUCAGGUGAUCAUUAGAGGAAAUGUUGGAUCUGACUCUGAAAUCCUCGCCAUAGAUGACCUCUCCUUCAGUCCUGGCUGUCAGACCAUGCUGCAUAACGGAAUGUCCUUGGUUGAUUGCCUCCCAACACAAUUUUCCUGCAAUGAUGGACAAUGUAUAGAGAACAGCAAAGUGUGUGACUUUACUCCAGACUGUCUGCAUGGAGAAGAUGAAGCCCACUGUCCCUCCAGGUGUGACUUUGAAGAUGGGCCAUGUGGCUGGUAUGAGCUGACUCAAGGAGAUGGCUUUGAUUGGGUCUGGGGCUCCUCUCCACAGGUUCCACCUGAAUACUAUGGUCACCCUCCACCACUGGACCAUACUACCAAUAGCACUACAGGACACUUCAUGUUUAUACUGAAAAACAGUAGCAGUAUUCAUCCUCGGGCUGCUCUGAGGAGCCCAUGGUUUCAACAGUCAGCUUCUGGAUGCACUUUGUCCUUUUGGCAUUACAACUCAGGCAUCUCUGUUGGUGCUGCAGACAUGUAUCUGCGCUUGAAGGGUGUCGAAAACAACACAAUUAUCUGGAGAUCUUUGUACGACCAGGGCCCUCGGUGGAACCAUGUGAUUGUGCAGCUUGGGCGCAUCACUCAGCCCUUUCAGAUCACCUUGGCUAAAGUCAGUCUGGGCGUUUUUGAUGGGAUCUCGGCCUUGGAUGAUAUCACUUUCAAUAACUGCUCCAUGCCUCCAGCAGUAGAAGAGUGUCCAUCAAACACACAUUUCCACUGUGUGCACACGAGGGCUUGUAUCGAGAACCUGCAGCUCUGUGACCUUGUGGACGACUGUGGAGAUGGCUCAGAUGAGGAGGGAUGCUCUCCAGAUCUUCAGUGUAAUUUUGAACAUGGCCUCUGCUCCUGGAGACAAGAGCAGAGUGGAGGAGAUGUGUUUGACUGGUCACUCAUCCAAGGCUCUACUCCCACCUUCUACACGGGGCCUAUGAAAGACCACACGUUGGGCACCAGCUACGGGCACUACCUCUACAUUGAGUCGUCCUUACCUCAAGAGUUCAAAGACACUGCUGUUCUUCUGGGCCCAGUGAUGCAGCCCACUCCCAAACGAAGGACAUCCCCGAGCAAACCCUGGCAGCCCUGUGUGUUCCGCUUCCACUACCACAUGUAUGGAGUACAAGUGUUCAGCCUGGCUGUCUAUCUCAGGACCACCACUACAGGCCGUGGAUAUCUGCUGUGGGCGCGCUAUGGGAACCAGGGAAAUAUAUGGUACCAGAAGACGUUAUAUCUCAAUAGCGCUCGACCUUUUCAGAUUUUGAUUGAAGGAACUGUUGGAGAUGAUUUCCAUGGAGAUAUUGCCAUUGAUGACCUCUCAUUUUUGCACUGUGCUCCAUUUGAGGGUGAACUUCCUUCAGCAAACACCACCACUCCAGUAGUGACCACAGUGGCCCCCACAGUGCUGCCCCACUCUUGCCCUCAGGGACAGUUUGUGUGCGAGGCACAUCAGGAGUGUGUACCUCUGAGUGCAGUGUGUGACUUUAGGAAGGACUGCUCUGACGGUUCAGAUGAAACCAACUGUGUGAAAGAACUGUGCAACUUUGAAGGUCAGGACUCUUGUGGGUGGCAGACAGCUGACCUCGACCUGGUGUCACCACAUGCAUUUCUCUGGUCUCUGGACCAAGGAGAGAGUAUCCAUGAAGGAGAGCAAUAUCAUCGCCCUGUCAAUGAUCAUACACUGGGCACUGCACAGGGCUGGUACAUGUAUGCAGACAGUUCAAAUGGAGGCUAUCGUGACACCAGUGACCUCCAGACACCUGUCAUCUCCUCCACAGGACCCCGCUGCACCUUGGUCUUUUGGUACCACAUGAGUGGGUUCACUGUGGGGUCACUGCAGGUGCUACUGAAAUUUGGAAAUGUCACCCAUGAGGUGUGGUCUCAGUCAGGCACACAAGGCAACAAAUGGCGACGAGGAGAGGUGUUACUAGGAUUAGCCAAGAAUUUCCAGGUGGUUUUCCGAGCACAGGAAGGCAUCAGCUACAUGGGAGAUGUAGUGAUAGACGACGUGCACUUCCAGCACUGCUCUCCUUCUGUAUUUUCUAACACACCAUGUACAUCUGAGGAGUACAGAUGUUCCAAUGGCCACUGCAUUCCUCAAGACAAUUUAUGUGACUUCAUCAACCACUGUGGGGACAGCUCGGAUGAAGACCCCUUCAUCUGCAAGGGCUUUAGUGGUUGCUGCAGUUUUGAGUUUGACCUAUGCUCCUGGCGCCAGUGCAGCACGGACAACUUUGAUUGGCUAAUCAAAGCUGGAAGGACUUCCACGACUAGCACAGGGCCAUCGAGUGACCACACUCUGAGAUACCCCAGUGGACACUACCUUUACCUGGAGGCCUCCUUCCCCCAGGCCGCUGGAGAUGUGGCCCAAAUAGUAGGACCACUGUUCAGUCACAGGAGCAAACUCUGCAAGAUGCGUUUCUAUGUGCACAUGUCUGGAGAGGGCAUCGGGACUCUGAGUGUGUUCAUCCUCAGUGAAGGACAAAGCUCUCUGCAGAUGAACCUAACUGGAGAUCAGGGCAACUACUGGCAGCUGAGGGAGGUCCUGCUGAGCUCGGCCCGGGACUUCCAGGUUAUGGUGGAGGGCAAGGUGGGAUGGAACCCCAAAGCCGACAUCUGCCUUGAUGACAUUACCUUUUCCCCUGGAUGCCUGCUCGCCUCCUCCGCAGGAAUAGAGGACAGCACACCCUCACCACCUGCGGACCCUUGUCCUUCAGGCUUUUUGCCUUGUGAAAAUGGUCAAUGCUUUUCAGUGGGGCAGAGCUGUGACUUCAGAGAUGACUGUGGUGAUGGCACAGAUGAGAAGGAGUGUGGCACGUCCUGCUCUUUUGAAGGUGGUCGGUGCGGAUGGAAAAGCUCCCUGGCUGAUCAUUUUGAUUGGUCACUGGGCACAGGCUCUUUCCAAAGAAUACGGCCUCCAUAUGACCACACUUUGCAGAAUGAACAUGGUCAUUUUGUGUAUCUUGAAGCAACACCGGUGGGACUGAGGGGUGAUAAAGCCCAUAUCAGAAGCUCCAUGUGGAAAGAGUCAAGUGCUGUCUGCAAGCUCUCCUUUUGGUACUACAUUUCCCAUAAGGCCACAGGAACAAUUCGUCUUCUGAUUAAGACUGAAAAUAAUUUGGUGGAAAUGUGGAACAAGACUGGACACCAGGGGAAUUUCUGGAACCAUGUUGAGGUCCCACUGAGGAAACUGAGAAACUUUGAGGUCAUUUUUGAGGGUGUCCGCACCAUGGAUUUGAGUGGAGGUGCUGCCUUGGAUGACAUAGAGUACAUAGACUGUGCCCCAAGUGACGUACCGGUGAGUUGCCCUUCUGUGACUGACUUUGUGUGCCUGAGUGGCCAUUGCAUCGAGUCUCACCUGGAAUGUGACAGCAAGCCCGACUGCGCAGAUGGAUCGGACGAGAUAUACUGCGAUCAUAUAGCUAUUUUGCCUGGCUCCUGCAAUUUCAACAUGGAGCCCAGCCAGUGGGAGGAGGGCUGCCAGCUUUCUCAGGACACCAGUGAUGACUUUGAUUGGACCAUCAGUCACCAGAGUCACACUCCAGGAACAGGGCCUCUGGCUGACCACACUCAAGGUGGUGGUGGGAACUUCCUUUAUAUCCACUCAGCAAUUCAGCGAGAAGGUGAUGUUGCCACGGUGACAACUCGGGCCUCAUACCCUGCCAGCAUCGGCCUUUGUCACCUGCGCUUUUGGUUCUACAUGCAUGGCUCUGACAGGAUGGGAACUCUCAAGGUGUACACUGUUGGAGAGAGCGGUACUCCCCUCCUCAUGUGGGCUGUGACCGGGAAUCAUGGCCCUCAGUGGAACUACGCUAACAUCGUCCUGUCCAACACUAGUCCUUUCCGGGUGACCUUCCAGGGAGAAGUGGGGGGAGACAUGUGGACAGACAUCGCUUUGGAUGACAUCUCCUUCACCGAGGAGUGUGUUGCUGGGGGUUCAGUGACCCCACAGCCCAUGACCUGUGCUGCAGACAAGUUCCAGUGUUUGUACUCCUUCCAGUGUAUAUCUCAGAGCUGGAGGUGUGAUGGAGAGCUAGACUGUGAUGACCACUCCGAUGAAGAAGACUGUGGUUCUCUGAUACCAGGGACACUGCCUCCUCAGGGCCGCUGUCCUGUGGGAUAUUUCCAGUGUUCCAACGAUAUUUGCCUGCCCUCCAUUCUGCGCUGUGAUGAUGUUCCUGACUGUCCCCAAGGAGAGGAUGAGUACAACUGUCCCAUGCUGCAGUGUGGACCAGGGGAGCUGGUGUGUGAAGAUGGGCCUUCUUGUAUCCCAGUCCACCAGCGCUGUGACCACUCUGCCGUCUGUAAGCCUUUCCACCCUGAUGAGUCCAGCUGCCAUGAGUGCCCUCCGAUGUUUUGUUUGUUCCAUGGUAUGUGUCAAGUUGAAAGGCUUGGCCCUGUUUGCAUAUGUUUCGAUGGUUGGACUGGUAACCGUUGCCACAGAAAGACGCCUUUGACGACCCCAUCUCCCACUCUGGAGGACAUCAACUUUGAUGCUGUGUACACUGGCAUUGGCAUUGGGCUAGUUCUGCUAACAGCUGGUGUGACUGUGUGCAUCCUCGCUGCUCUCAAGAAAAAAGGCUGUUUAAUAAAGCCCAGACCGCUGGACUAUGGGGUGAUGGAUGACCCCAUAUUUGACUGGAGAGCAGAGUUACCAUCUCUGGAAACAAGCAGCGCUAAGCCUGGUUUGAAGAGUGGUGGACAGGACCUGUCCAUCAGCGUGUACCCAUGGAAGAAUGAGCCAGAGAAUCGAACUUGGAACGCUUCCAACCUGUCCUUUUCUAAUCCAUUAUGUUUCGAUGGUUGGACUGGUAACCGUUGCCACAGAAAGACGCCUUUGACGACCCCAUCUCCCACUCUGGAGGACAUCAACUUUGAUGCUGUGUACACUGGCAUUGGCAUUGGGCUAGUUCUGCUAACAGCUGGUGUGACUGUGUGCAUCCUCGCUGCUCUCAAGAAAAAAGGCUGUUUAAUAAAGCCCAGACCGCUGGACUAUGGGGUGAUGGAUGACCCCAUAUUUGACUGGAGAGCAGAGUUACCAUCUCUGGAAACAAGCAGCGCUAAGCCUGGUUUGAAGAGUGGUGGACAGGACCUGUCCAUCAGCGUGUACCCGUGGAAGAAUGAGCCAGAGAAUCGAACUUGGAACGCUUCCAACCUGUCCUUUUCUAAUCCAUUGUACAACUGCCCCGCUGAUGCUAAUGGUCCAGACUGCACAAGCUCUGAAGCAUAA